AUGCAAGAGUUGAUAGCUGGUUUACAGAUGAUGAGAUUUGAUUUUGAAAUUGUUUUGGAGCAACAGAGAGGAAUUAUGGAUUUGCCAUUUUCUGGCAUGGAUAAAUCUAGUUCAGCAGUUUGUGAGCUUUUCAUUAAAGGCAAAUGCUUAAAAGAACAAAUGUGCCCAUUUCGACACUUGUGUGGUGACAAGAAUAUUGUAUGCAAACACUGGCUCCGAGGCCUAUGUAAAAAAGGAGAUCAGUGUGAGUUUUUGCACCAGUAUGAUGAGACCAAGAUGUCACAGUGCUACUUCUAUUCAAAAUAUGGUGAAUGCAAAAAGCAAGAGUGCCCUUUCCUACACACCAAUUCGCAGAUAGAAAUUCCUGACUGCCCCUGGUAUGACCGAGGAUUCUGUAAACGGGGCCCACUCUGCAAAAAGAAACACACCAGGAAGAUAAUCUGUGUGAAUUAUCUGGCUGGUUUCUGCCCUGAAGGAACAGCAUGUAAAUUUUCACAGUAA